ACCUGGUCAGCGCAGAGCUCCAUCCAGCAGUCAGGGAGGUUUUGCAGGAGACCCUCAUGUGAUCCUUACUCCUCCCAGGUGCAGCAAUAUCUGCAAUUACAACCAGGAGACACAUUACAAGGGUGGACCUUCUGAAUGGAGACUUUUUUCUGAAGCCUGGCUAUGUCUGUUUCUGUUACCCUGCCGCAAUGUACAAAUGCCCAAAGAAGCUUCUACUCUGUAUGUCUGUUGCAACGACUUUCAUCUUUUUACUGGGGGUUCUAAGCAAAUUGCCGAUCACUGCACCUGUAAAGAAGAAAAUUGAGAACGCCCCUUGUAAUGGCAAACUCAGCACCGAUACGAUUACAGCACUGGACGACAACCGGACGUUCAUCAUCUCGCCGUACUAUGACUACAGAGAUGACCAUCGGUCUAUGGUGCGGAUUCUCAGCAUUAUCCACCAUAAAGAGGUAAAGGAACUAUACUGCUAUUUCUGCUGCCCUACAGACAAGAGCGUGCAGAUCUCCAAGGCGUCCAUAGACAUGCAUAGCGAUCGCUUUGACUUUCCCUAUGUGACAACGGACCUUUUAUGUGAGACUCCACCAAACUGCCCUGCUGAGUAUUUAUCUGUCCAUACGUCUCUAACGCAAAAAAUGACCCAAUUACCUCUAUUCCAAAUACAAAACCAAGAUGUGAAACCAUUUUCUGCAGAGUUCACGGUCUGCAUUUCCACCAUGUUUGGGAAUUACAGCAAUGUCUUACAAUUCAUUCAGACCAUGGAGAUGUACCAGAUCCUGGGGGCACAACGGGUCAUGAUCUACCUUAACAGCUGCAGCCCACAGAUGAAAAAAACUAUGCAGUAUUAUAUCGCAAGAGGUAUCCUUGAGGUGGUAGACUGGCCGAUCCAGCGUUACCUCAGGCCUGGCACCGCAUGGCACCAUUCAGUUGACCCCAAAGAUAUAGGGUAUUAUGGUCAGUUGGCAACACUCAAUGACUGCAUUUAUAGGAAUAUGUACAGGACUAGGUUUGUGCUACUCAAUGAUAUUGAUGAGAUCAUUUUACCGUUCUCGCACACGACUUGGGAUGCCAUGAUGAAAAGUCUUCAACAACAGAAUCCAAAUGUUGGAAUUUUCCUAUUUGAAAAUCAUAUUUUUCCUCAAACUGUGCCCAUUGAUGUCCACUUCUCUGAUAUUUCCUCCUGGAAAGACGUCCCGGGAUAUAACAUCCUCCAGUACAUCUAUCGGGAACCAGACAGACCAGAUUAUUUCAAUGCUCUGAAGAUGAUCGUGGAUCCCAGGAAGGUCAUACAGACGUCGGUUCACUCCAUUUUAAAAUGUUACGGAGAUUACCGGAGUGUCUCAUUGGAAACAGCUCUGGUUUACCACUGCAGAGGACCUCUACAGAAGAAAUUACCAAAGACCUCUUUAAUAGAAGACAAGACUAUCUGGAAACAUAAUGCCUCUCUUAUCAGAAAUGUUAAUAAAGUUCUGGGGGAAAUCUCAUUCCAGUGAUAAAACGCUCUACACAUGCGUUGGAAGCUAUAGAUGGUGCAGAAGUGCCUGGAAAUUAAAGAGGUUAUCCGGGAAUUGAUAUUGAUGAGCCAUCCUCAGGAUAGGUCAUAAAUAUGAGAUCAGUGGGGGCCAAUAUUCCCCGCCGAUCAGCUUUUAAAAAAGGCCAGAGCCCUGUGAGCACAGUGGCCUCUUCCUAGGCCAUGUGAUGUCAACACAGCCCUAGUUGCAGCUGAGCCCUAUUCAAGUCAAUGGGGCUGAGCUGCAACACCAAGCACGGCCACUACACAAUGGACGGCGCUGUGCUUGGAAAGCUGCCAGGAGCCGACUGUGCUUAUCAGAGCUCUGGUGACCGCUGUGGCUCCCACCCUGAGAAUAGGUCAUCAUUAUCAAUUCCUGAAUAGCCCCUUUGAUAGAUACAAAUCUCUAUGUACAAAGACUGU